AUGCCUAGCAUACACAAUGUUACCUUUGUGGCUGCCUGCGCACUGAGUGGCUUCUCAUAUGCAAAAGAAUUAUAUGUUUCACCCACGGGAACUGGCACUGGUACCUUGACAUCACCAUACGGGUCCAUUCAAUCCGCAGUCAACGCUGCAGCUGCAGGCGACAUUGUCUAUCUGCGUUCUGGUACAUACAAGCCCACAACGAACAUCCAGUUCAAUACGAAUGGCACAAGCACAUCGCCCAUAACAGUGCGAUCUUACCAAACAGAGAAGGUCAUCAUCGAUGGCGAAGAUCUACCUGGCACUCCAUACGGACUUGAUGAGUCGCUCCCCAACAAGGAGCGUGGCAUAUUCCAUAUUCAAUAUGCAAACUAUUGGAAGUUCUACAACCUGGAGCUGAUCAAUGGCCCCUACGGUAUCUACGCUCGUGACGCUUCCCACAAUCACUACGAACUUAUCACCACACAUGACAAUUACGAGACCGGCUUUCAACUCGAGGGAGCCUCCUCCAACAACACCGUCCUCUACUUGGACUCCUACCGUAACCGUGAUCCUCGCAAAAACGGCGAAUCAGCGGAUGGCUUUGCCUGCAAAUCUGGCUCCGGCGAGGGCAACGUCUUGCGCAACGCACGCCUUUGGGACAACGUUGAUGAUGGGCUUGACCUGUUCAUGUUCGGCUCCCCGGUCACGCUGGAGGAGGUGUACGCAUGGGGGAAUGGAUUCAAUCGCUGGGGCUUCUCCGACUUCAACGGCGACGGCAAUGGCUUCAAGCUCGGCAUCACCGAUAACCCGCCGGCGAACCACAUCGUACGCAACAGCAUUGCCUUCUCUAAUGCCAAGAAGGGUUUCAUCGAUAACGGCAAUCCCGGAAGCCUUACUGUGGAGCGCAACACGGCCUGGAAUAACGGAGACGUAGGCUUCAACUUCCGCAGCUCAAGCUCAACUCUCGCUGCUAACAUUGCAGCGGUCAAUGUUGGUAGCGCGCAAGUGACACUUGUGUCGACUGUCAAGGCUUCAGGUAAUUCGUGGCAAAGUGGGACAUGGUCAAACUCGAGCUUUAUCAGUGUGGAUCCGAGCACAUUGAAGAAGGCUAGAUUGGGCGAUGGGAGGGUGCCGGCGAGUGACUUCUUGCUCCCGAAGAGUGAAGAGGCUAUUGGAGCGACUACGAAGGCUGACAUUUGA